AUGCCUCGUGGGAACCGUCAGGCAGAGCAGAGAGCCCAUCGCAACGGGCAGCGGCGCGCUACCGAUUUUCUGCUGGAAGAGGCGCUGGAAGAAUAUGAGCGCAAGCAGCUUGCUGGCGAGCGAACCUCAUUGAAGGCAAUAGCAACGGAGUUUGGGGUGUCUAAGACAAUGCUCAUUCAACGCAAGAACGGGGGACAAAGCUUCCUGGAAAGCCGUGCUAAUCUCCAAGCACUGCCACCAGAGAUUGAGGCUCUUUUGGUGCGUACGUGCAUCACCUUUGCCAAGCGACGGUGUCCUCUGCGUCCCAAAGAGGUUCAUAGGUGUGCGAUUGCUCUCUACAGGGCACACACCUGUAACCCGGAUGCAGAUCUAAGUCGACGCUGGGUCAAUCGCUUUCUACAUUGUCAAGUGGACUUAGCACGCAUGCUGUGCUCAAAGACGUCAGAGGCGAAGACGCAAGCAUUCAAUCAAGAGAAUGCUGAGGCGUGGUUUGCUUUGCUUGCUGAGACGCUGGCAGAGCAUAGCAUCCCCUUUAAGGACAUCUAUAAUAUGGAUGAGACUGGGUUCUCUCUCAACUAGCAUCACCGAACCUUAGUCAUCACUGACACUGUCUCAAACCCAAAUGCAAGGCGCAUCACUGGAGAGAAGAUGGAGAACAUCACAGUGAUCGAAUGCGUACGUAACUCCAGAGAAUCUCCUGGUGCGUGCCCACUGGUCAUUCUGCUCAGGUGCAAGACACUCUUCUCUUCAGAAGUCUUUAAUGAUUGCAACUAUGGAGAUCUGCGGGUGAUGCUGGCAGAGAGCGGUUACCAGACAACUCAAUCGAUCUUAGAAUGGCUAGCAGUCUUUGAUGAGGCAACACGAGCAGGGUCAGAAUGGCGGUGCCUCAUCUUGGACGGGCAUGCGUCACACACGACGCUUGAUUUUUUCCAAGCAGCGUACAAUCGCAAGAUCGCAGUCAUUGUUCUUCCACUGAACACAACAUCAUGGCUGCAGCCCCUCGAUGUAGUUGUCUUUGCAAAGAUCAAGGCUCUCUUCAAAGAACGUCUCGAGCUUCACUUACUGGCCGGCACAAGGAGAAUGCAAGCGCCAACGUUCUUAGCGAUCUACGCAGACGUCUGAAGACGCAUCAUUACAUGGCAUUUGGUGUCUCAGGCGUUCUCUGCGUGCGGCAUUGCAGAGACAAAGAUUGAUGCCAGACGACUGCUUAAGCACUUCGACGAUGCGCAGAAUCAAGACUCACAAGGAUCGACGCAAGCCUCAAGUUCGCAGACGCCUUUGACGCCUUUAAGAGCUUCUCUUCCCACGCCUCAACAAUCGAUCCCGAGCACUCCAUUGGACGUUUGUAGGGUGUCAGGUGAGAUUCUCCAGUUGAGUCAAGGGAAGUCGCAGAGAGCGCAGCGAGCAGCAAUAAGUGCACCCCUUCAAGAUCUAGCGUCGCAGCUGAACAUUGCGCAGAGCGAUAAUGUCCUUCUGCGACAAGAGAACAAGCAAUUGAGAGAAGCAGCAGCAGAGAGAGCAAGCCGCAGCACAAGAGGCUCUCGUCUUGCGAUGCGCGUCUCGCGCAACAACGUCUUCACUCUCUCUCAGCUGCUUGCCGACCGCGAGAACCAAGAUCGUGCUGCAGCAGAGCGUCAAGGACGCACCGGACGUUGCAGAAUUGCUGAUCUUGAGUUUGUCGACCCAGAAGAAUGGGUGGACAACAACGACUACAAAGAUGCAUGGACAUUGGACUAUGGUUGCCAGAACUGA